AUCCAAAUAAACAAACAGAAAAAGCAAAGUAGAAAAGAUGGCGAAAAGAGAAAAGUAGCAUUUUCUUUCCCACAAAGCUCCAAAGGAGAGGAAGGGAGCCGAGGCGAGGCGAGGAAGAACAGAAAAGAAAGAAGAAAGAAAUGGUUUUUCUUUUUGGGGUAUUGCGUGGCGUUUGUGAAGUGAAGAAUAUGCAGAGCAGCACAUCACAUGAUCUCUUCUUCUUUCUUCCCGCUUUCUCUCUCUAGAACUCUUCACACUCUCCCACCCAACUUUACCUUUUCACCCCUCUCCACCAGCUCUUCCACCGGCCCCACACCACCACCGCCGCUCCCCCACCCACCGCCAUCAAAACCCUAGAUCUCCGCUUCCAUUCCCCACAUCCCAAUCUUGAACCCGGCGAGUCGCCAUGCCGGCGGCUCGAUCUCUGUUCCUCCUCCUCCUCCUCCUCGCGGCGGCUCUGCUGGCCGGCACAGAGGCGGCGCAGAAGGGGAUCACCCUGUCGACCAAGCUGAUCCACCGCUUCUCCGACGAGGUCAAGGCGCUGAGGGUUCGUCGGAAUGUCACCGGGAGCGUCUACUGGCCGGAGAAGAGGAGCAUGGAGUACUACAGCUUGCUGCUCGACAGCGACCUCCAGAGGCAGAAGAUGAAGCUCGGCCCUCGCUAUGAGCUUCUUUUCCCUGCUGAAGGGAGCAAUACUGUCUCCUUGGGGAAUGACUUCGGAUGGCUGCACUACACUUUUAUAGAUGUGGGGACUCCUCAUGUCUCCUUUCUUGUCGCAGUAGAUACUGGGAGUGAUUUGCUUUGGGUGCCCUGUGAUUGCUUGCAGUGUGCCCCAUUGUCAGCCAGUUCCUAUGCCAGUCUGGCACAAAAAGGUGCUCCCUUGUAUUUGGAGCAUCUAAUUGUGCAGGGCCAAGAUCUCAAUGAAUAUAGUCCAUCGCAAUCAAGUAGUAGCAAGCUCCUCACGUGCAGCCACCAGUUAUGUGAACACAGUUCAAAAUGCAAAAGCCCAAGUCAGCAGUGCCCAUACUCUGUGGAGUAUUACUCGGAGAAUACAUCCAGUUCCGGCUUGCUGAUUGAGGAUGUAUUAUAUUUUGCAUCAAAUGAUGAUCUUGGUGCAUCAAAUGCUUCUGUGAAGGCUCCGGUGCUCAUGGGAUGUGGCAUGAAGCAAAGUGGUGGUUACUUGGAAGGAAUUGCCCCUGAUGGUCUCAUGGGUUUGGGGCCCGGAAAAAUCUCUGUUCCAAGCUUUCUUGCAAAAGCAGGUUUCAUUCAGGAUUCCUUCUCGUUGUGUUUCGAUGAGGAAGAUUCAGGGAAAAUUUAUUUCGGUGAUCAGGGCCCGCAUGCUCAACAGUCUACUCCCUUCCUAACUUCAAAUGGAAAUUACACAACUUACAUGGUUGGAGUGGAGGGGUGUUGCAUUGGUGGCUCUUGCCUCAAGCAGACAAGAUUCAAAGCACUGGUUGAUAGUGGUACAUCUUUUACAUUUCUUCCAGAGGAUGUAUAUGAGGAGACUGUUAAUGAGUUUCACAGGCAGGUAAAUUCUACUAUAUCAAGCUUUAAAGGGUAUCCUUGGAAGUACUGCUACGAGUCCAGCUCACAGGACUUGCCAAAAAUACCAUCAAUGAAGCUCCUGUUUGCAAUGAACAAUAGCUUUUUGGUCCAUAAUCCUGUUUUUAAGGUAUAUAGCACUCAGGGGUAUGGUGGAUUUUGUUUAGCAAUUCAACCUGCGGAUGGGGAUAUUGGAAUUAUUGGACUGAAUUUCAUGAGUGGAUAUCGGAUGGUGUUUGAUAGGGAAAAUCUAAAGCUGGGCUGGUCUCGCUCUAAAUGUGAAGAUGAGAUCAUUUGGGUACCAGGCAAUCCAUUGGGAACUGCAAACCCACUCCCAACGAACGAGGAACAGAGAAUUCCAGGUCAGCAUGCUGUUUCACCAGCUGUUGCAGGUAGAGCUCCCUUGCGACCAUCAGCAGCUCCUCCCUCGCCCCUACGAGCAUCACAUUUGAUUAAGUUGUUACUGUUGUUGCUAGUGCUUUUCGCAUCUAGGACGUUGUGAAUAGGAAGGAAAGACUUGGAUGCAGUACUCCCUACUAUGCUAACUUCGGCUUUUGUUUUAGAUUAGGCCUCUCGACUUGUAAAUUAUGUAUCGAAGCUCUCCUAAGCUCUCCUAUAUGUAUACGUGUAUGUGAGUAUCAAAGGCGUGUCUUGUGACUUCCCAUGCUGCCCUAGGCUAGCUGGUUUCUUCAAUUUUGUUUCAUCGGUCUCAUCUUCCACUCUCCAGUGCUAUUAUUCCCAGUAUUUCCGCUUGAUGUUCCUAUUCAUUUAUUGUCAUUUGUUUUGAUUGAUUGUCUUCCUGUUUUUCGUGCUUUCGCAUGUAUGCUUCUUUCAGCCUCUUUUUGCAAUCCAAACAUUAUUUACUGAUUUGUACUGGUUCACCUCAGGCUUUCAAACUCAGUGAAGUUGAUGUAUGAAUAAAGUGGCCGUCUUUAUCA